AACGACACCACUUCAUUGCUUAUAUCUCUUUGAAUCCUUCGCUCUUCCAAAAACAAAAACCUUAAACCACAUCUUCCAAAAAUGGCGACACUGAUAGAAUUGUUACCAAAAGAAUAUGGUUAUGUGGCUAUUGUUCUCGUCAUCUACGUCUUCCUCAAUUUCUACAUGGCUUUUCAAGUUGGCAAAGCUCGCAAGAAGUACAAAGUUUUUUAUCCAACCCUUUAUGCUUCUAAAUCUGAAAACAAAGAUGCCGAUCUCUUCAAUUGCGUCCAGAGAGGGCACCAAAAUUCUUUGGAAACAUUGCCCAUUUUCUUUGCGUUGAUGAUUUUGGGAGGGCUGAAGCAUCCUUCCAUUUGUGCUGCCCUUGGAGUACUUUACACUGCUGCUAGAUAUGCCUACUUCGUAGGCUAUGCCACUGGCGAACCUAAGAACCGUCUCAAACUCGGGGGACUUUUUUUCCCGGCAAUAUUGGGGCUUAUGUUGUGCACACUUUCAUUUGGAUGGAGUCUUGCUAGCCACUGAUUUGAACUUUUGUCAUACCCUUUUGACAAUAUGAGGUUUGGUGAAUCAUUAAAUAAUUUGAGACUAAGGACUGCAAAUGAAUGACAUAGGUUUGUUGUGUUUGAUUUUCUUAAUAGCUUUUGUGUAUUACAAUAAAGACAAGUUUAGAGUUUCAUCAUUGGUUUUGGAUAUGGAUCAUUGUUUCUUUGUGAACUUCACUAUUCAAUUAGCUAGCUUGAUCUACACAAACUUUGUUUUGGCAGUGUUGGUAAUGUGUUCGUCCUGCAGAAAAUUGUACUAGUUCUAUUUGUGGAGUAGCCCAAUUACGAGGUUGUCUAAUUUUUGUCUAAAUAAAUCAGAUGUCUCAUUGCGGACAUAGAAUUAGUUUCAUAACA